UAGACCUCAGAGGAAGAAGAUUCGUCUCACGCGCUCUCUGUUGUGUUGUUGUGGUGCUGGUUUAAUACAAACUGUUUUAAAUAGUUUCAGUAAACAGAAAAAUACAGUUUUUGAAUCAGGUCAGUAAAUCUCCGAAAUAUUCUCAUCAUCACAGUCGUGACUAAGUUUUGAAGCAAGGAGAAAUAUAUAGAGAGGAGUAUCAGCUGAAGAUGGAGUUUGUUAAAGAGGAGCUUGAGGAGAACACGAGUGAAAUAAAAGAAGAGGACUCAGAAACCUGGAAAAUAAAAGAAGAGGACUCAGAAACCUGGAAAAUAAAAGAAGAGGAACCAGAAACCUGGAAAAUAAAAGAAGAGGACUCAGAAACCUGGAAAAUAAAAGAAGAGGAACCAGAAACCUGGAAAAUAAAAGAAGAGGAAUCAGAAGCCUGGAAAAUAAAAGAAGAGGAACUGGAAACCUGGGUAGUAAAAAACGAAGAACCAGAAACGUGCAGAAUAAAUCACGAACCAGACACCUGCACAAUAACAGAAGAGGAAAGAGGAGAGUUGAUUGAAGAUAAUGAGAAAGAAGAAUCGAGUGAAUCCGAUGAGGAAAAUCAUGCUAAAAGUGGAGAAAAACCCAAUCAGAAAGAUUUAAAGAAAAGAGCCAAGGAAUCUUUCACCUGCUCUCAGUGCGGAAAGAGUUUCACACACAAAUGUUUUCUUGUGCGACACAUGAGAGUUCACACUGGAGAGAAACCAUUCACCUGCUCUCAGUGUGGGAAGAGUUUCACACACAAAUGUUUUCUUGAGCGACACAUGAGAGUUCACACUGGAAAAAAAACGUUCACUUGUGAUCAGUGUGGGAAGAGUUUCACACACAAAUGUUUUCUUGAGCGACACAUGAGAGCUCACACUGGAGAGAAACCGUUCACUUGUGAUCAGUGUGGGAAGAGUUUCACACACAAAUGUUUUCUUGAGCGACACAUGAGAGCUCACACUGGAGAGAAACCGUUCACUUGUGAUCAGUGUGGAAAGAGUUUCACACACAUGUCUUACCUUAGGAAACACAUGAACAUCCACACUGAAAAGAAAAUGUUUCUAUGUGAUCAGUGCGGAAAAAUAUUUUUGUGGGCUACAGUCCUGAAGAAACACCUGAGAGCUCAUAAAAAGGAGAAGCCAUAUUUGUGUCAUGUGUGUGGAAAGAGUUUUUCACAACUACAAUAUAUGAAAAAUCAUCAGAAAACACACAGUGUUGUGAGAGAGCACUUUAAGUGUUCACACUGUGACAAGAGAUUCAGUCAGUCGUCACAUCUGAAAGCACACGAGAUUAUCCACACUACAGAGGAAACAAACACUUGUUUUGAGUGUGGGAUGAGUUUCACACAACUAGCAAAACUUAAGAUACACAUGAAGAUUCACAAGCGGCACACCUGUGUUCAGUGUGGCAAAACAUUUCUGUGGGCUUCAGAUCUGAAGAAACACAUGGAAGUUCAUACAAAUGAGAAGCCACAUUCAUGUAAUGUGUGUGGAAAGAGUUUUAAAUUACUACAAAGUUUGAACAAACAUCAGAAAAUACAUACUGGUGUGAAAAAAAAGAAUAAAUGUGCUUUGAGUGUGAAAACACUUUUACUUCAGCUUAGAGCUGCACGAUAAUGGUUAAACUGAUAAUCACAAUUAGUUUGAUAACUAUAAUCAUGAUUAUUAACAACAAUUAUUCUAUCAAAAUGGUAAAUGCAAUGCAAUAAAAUUUGAUGUGUCCUUAAACCAACCUCUGCUGAAUACAUGACUUCAUUUAGCCAACUAUGAUAAUGUGAAACUCAUGGUUUUGUAAUCUGUAUUUACAUUAGGUUAUUCUGUUUUUCUUUAAUUGAGAACAAGUAACAAAAGGUCAUCAUGGGAGAGUUACAAAGUCAAGACAAUACAAUUUCCAUACAUUCUCUGGAGUAUAGUGUUGAGUAUAGCAGUGUAUUUCAUUUACAAUUCCCAACCACCAGUCCCUUGUUAGAGCGUCAAACUGAAAUCAUUUACAUGUUAUGGCCUUCAGACUGCUUGCUAAAAGUUUUUUUAAUAAAUAUUGUCAUUGUCUAGAAUUGUUUUAGGAAUUUUUCAUAGAUACAAAGUGAUGAAUAAAAAAAUCCAACUCCUCC